AUGUUACUUCCUAGUACUGAUGGUAACUUUACUAACAUUGACUGUAGAAAAUUAUCGAGAAUGGAUAUUAUCGACAACCUCUAUGCAAGAAUGAUCAGGACAGCUGGAGUUAAAGGUAGUGUAAAAAUCAAUGGAAAGCCUCGAGAUAUGAGAAUCUUCACUAAGCUUUCGUCGUACAUCAUGCAAGAAGAUCUAGUACAACCGAGGUUAAGUGUCAGAGAAUCAAUGAUGGUAGCAGCAAAUCUUAAACUAAGCGCGUCCAUAGGGCAUUCACAAAAAGUGGCUGUGGUAGAUGAAGUAAUCCAACUUCUUGGUCUAGAAAAUGUUACGAUACCAAAACUGAAUACCUUUCCGGUGGACAAAGAAAACGACUGA